GCAACCGCGUCAGGAUCCUCUGAUUAUUAUCGCCUCAGUGAUAAAGUCACGGUGAUGUUAAAGUCAAGAGCAACGCAGUCCCGCGCAACCCCGCCCGUGCCAGUGCGCGCGGUGAUCGUGGUGGCGCCGCCGCCGCCGUCGUAUCGACCGCAGAAGGGGAGAGGGACGAGGAGUAAGAAGGCGAGGGACGAGGACGCGCCGCAGCUACUGUGGGAGGAGUGGGAGGUGGCCAACGGUAAGUAGCUCGAUGAGUGCAUGCCGGCGGAUGAGGACGGAGAGGCCUCGGAGGCUGCAGCGACGGUGGCCGGGUCCGUGCCAACGGCGGAUCCAGCCCCAGAAGUGGUGCUCCCGCUGCUGCGCUUCCAGGGGUGGCUCGCGUGGGCGCUGGCGCAGGAGGGGCCUCCGUCUCGCGCGGCGGCGGCAUCCUCGCCGACGAGAUGGAGAUGGGGAAGACAAUCCAAGCCAUCUCGCUCGUCCUCACCGCGCCCCGGCUCCGCCCCCCAGGUCAAUGGCAACCCCCGGGGCUUCUACCGCUGUGGCUGCCUCCUACUGGAACCCACCCCUGAGGUAAUGACAGCGAGCGAGCGACCGCUGCUGCAGCCACUUCGGUUAUCAGAGACCAACUCGUUAGUGUAGUAGCUGAAUCUUGUUCCCAGCCGGGAAAAAUCCCAACUUGAUGAGUUAACUUGGGUCAUUGCAGCAUACGUGCCGCAUCUCAGCCUCAUGUACGGAAACCGAGCAGAGGAGGAAGACGAAGCAGCAAUGAAGAAGGUCGAGGAGCUGGACACGGACAUACCGGGACUGCAAUUUGAGUUCUCUGAGCUUGCGCUUUACACUACGGAACCUGCGGAUGUGGAGUCAUGGAGAUUGGUGGAGCUGUGUCACCUGACUGCCUGAGAGGAGGUGAUCGGCCAGCUACUAUUUUCAUCUCCAUGCUGCAAAUUAUGCACCUGUUUUAUAUCAUCUGUAGGUAGCCAGUCCAAACAGAAUAAGGAAUAAUGUAGAGAGCUUUGGCCCUUCUUGGGUUUUCAAUGGAAAAUACUUUGGAUGAUUUAUGUUUGUCUAGUACUGUAUGUCUGUAUGGCAUUCUGGCAUAAUGUAAAAAUGUGGUACUUCUUCGGCUUUGAAUUUGAGCUUUCAAUUGUG